CAGCGUUUCUCGAUCACAUCAGCAAACAUUCUAAUUUCAAUUCGCGAAAAUCCACAAAGCACUGUCGAAGAAAUGGAUUUGAGGUUGAUGGGUUUUGAUCACCCGCUGUUCCACCACAUCAUGGACUACGCCGGCGACGACAAGUCAUCCAACAGCAGCGGACCUUCGCAGACGUUUAUGCUCGACGCCAAGGCCAUGGCAGCCACCCCGGCGGACGUGAAGGAGUACCCCAACUCGUACGUGUUCAUCAUAGACAUGCCGGGGAUGAAGUCCGGCGACAUCAAGGUGCAGAUCGAUGGCGACAAUAUGUUGAGUAUUAGCGGGGAGCGGAAGCGUGAGGCGGAGGAGAAGGAGGGGGCGAAGUAUGUGAGAAUGGAGAGGAGGGUGGGGAAGUUAAUGAGGAAGUUUGUGCUGCCGGAAAAUGCGGAUAAGGAGAAGAUCACGGCGGUUUGCCAGGAUGGGGUGUUGACGGUGACGGUGGAGAAGCUGCCGCCGCCGGAGCCGAAGAAGCCAAGGACCAUUGAGGUCAAAAUUGCUUGAGAUGAAGAUGAGUGCUCUGUUUUUCUUGCGUGAUUAAUAAUAUAAAAUUCCUGGCUAACCCAUACACAACACUAGUAUUAAUUUUAUAUGAUUUUCACCCUCACUUAGGAUUUGAAGUCUAGUGAAAAUCAAAUGAAACAAUUAGCAUUGUAAUGAUGCUAACAAGGUAUAUUUUGUUAUGAAUAUAAUUAUUUAUAUGUGGCCAUUAUCCCAGUUAUUGUAUUUCUGGAUCCAUGAAGGAUCAAGUGUUCUUUGGAGUAUCGAAGGGUCAAGUUGGUUUCCUAUAUAUAUGCUCAUAUGUAUUCAUUUAUAUGACACCUCUGAAUGAUAUCAAUAAGAAUUCUUCCCUUCUCUCCA